AUGUCAAGCACUCCAAGCCAGAUCGUAAACAGGUUAAGAUCAUACAAAAAUAACUCACGAGACUCGCAAGAACUGAGAAAACGGCGAGAAGAAGAAGGCGUUCAAAUCAGAAAGCUGAAACGUGAUGAACAGGUUUUCAAGCGAAGAAACGUUGCAGAGCCAGAAGUAAAUCAAACGGACUUGUUUGCAGAUGGUCAGCGACCCAUCAAGCCGUCGAAAGUAACGAUUGAUCCUACGAUGAUAAAGGCACUGUACAGUGAAGCUGUGGAGGAGCAGGAAAUGGCAGCACAGAAAUUCAGAAAGCUCUUAUCUACAGGCGAGUCAUUGACUCCGGACCCGCCAAUAGAUGCAGUAGUUCAGGCUGGAAUAAUUCCACGACUUGUUGAAUUUUUGCAGACGGAUAGCAGGUGGUCUUUGCAGUUUGAAGCGGCUUGGGCACUGACGAACAUUGUAUCCGGUACAUCCCAGCAAACACAGACUGUGAUUCAUGCGGGGGCAGUGCCCAUAUUUAUACGUCUGCUUCACUCUACAGUUGAAGACAUACAAGAUCAGGCUGUAUGGGCUCUAGGAAACAUCGCCGGUGACAGCUCAGAAUACAGAGACUACCUGCUAGAAGCUGGCGUCCUCCCUCCAUUGUUGCGACUGUUGUGUCGAUGUGCAAGUUUAACUAUAACGAGAAAUGCAGUCUGGUGUUUGUCGAAUCUAUGCAGAGGCAAGAAUCCCCCGCCUGAUUUCACUAAGGUUAGACUGGCUCUGCCAGUUCUGUCGCGACUACUGUAUCACUCAGACAAGGAUGUGCUGGCAGACACAUGCUGGGCGCUGUCCUACCUGUCCGAUGGCUGCAAUGAAAACAUACAGGCUGUGAUCAACAGUGGCGUUUGUCGUAAGCUGGUGGAACUGCUCAUGCACAAACAACACGCUGUUGCCGCUGCUGCUCUGCGAGUCAUCGGAAAUAUUGUCACUGGCGAUGAUUAUCAAACUCAGGUGGUUAUCAACGCCUCUGCCCUGCCAUGUUUGCUGCAAUUGCUGGGCAGCUGUAAAGAAUCUAUCCGUAAGGAGGCGUGCUGGACUCUGUCAAACAUCACUGCUGGGAAUCCAUACCAAAUUCAGAAUGUAAUAGAUGCCAACAUAAUUCCCGCCUUGGUUAACGUUCUGGAAAAGUCUGAAUUUAACACCAGGAAGGAAGCGGCCUGGGCCAUAACUAAUGCAACAUCUGGAGGUCUCCCAGACCAGAUCAGAUACCUGGUGAACCAGAACUGUGUCCCUCACUUGUGUGACCUGCUGACUGUGAUGGACAGCAAGAUUGUGCAGGUAGCUCUAAAUGGUCUGGAAAACAUCCUCAAAGUAGGAGAGUCCGAUGUCAAGUCCGGCGGUGGGGACAACGUGUAUGCGUUUAUCAUCGAGGAAUGCGGUGGUCUGGAUAAAAUAGAAAUGUUGCAAAGCCAUGAAAACAAUGAGAUAUACAAGCAAGCAUAUGGCAUCAUCGAGCAUUACUUCGGUACCGAGGAUGAUCGAGACCAAAUUACGGCAGCCCAGAUUAGCCAGGUGCCCCAUCAAUACCAAUUUGGCAGUUUAAAUGGUGCUUCGUUUGAAAAUUUCAAAUUCUGA